GGCUGGCUUGAUCGUGAAUUUUCCAAGCGCGGCUGGUUUGACCGCAGUCAGCGCGUUCACAAACUCUACACAACAGCUCAGGAUUGUGCAAAGCUCUUCGAGAAUCGGACACGCGCCCAGCGAACUCUUUCCUCUUUCAACCAUUUCUGCAUGAACACCCGCAUUGAAACAGUUAAGAAGUAAAUCCCGGUUGUCGCUUUACAGACUAUAACAUGUAACGGAAUACUCGCCGGGUUUUGAAACACGAGAGAAAACGAGCGAUCAAUCUCCUCCUCCACCGUUAUUCGGUGUGUAAACAGGACAGUCAACGCUGCUGAGGCAGGAGAUCCGUAGCUCUAAUGCUGCCCUGACUAGACCGUUUAAACGCGCGUUCUUGUUUUGGGCCCAGGUUUAAUAGCGGGACAAGUGCACGGCAAUGAUGUUGCAAGUGUUGGCUUGCGGUGUCGUGCUCUUCCCCGGUCUCUUCUUCACUUUCAGGAAAGUGCUUCCGUCCAUUUUCAAGCAGUGGACAGAUGCCGACGUCGUGCUGGUCAGCGAGAGACUGGUGUCAUCCAUUCAUGCUGUCAUGGCGGUGCCAGUAGGCAUUAUUGUGGUGUAUUCCUGCAGUGGGAACGUGAUUACAGACCGACACUGGCUGGCCACCCAUUUUGUCAUUUGGUACGGUGUGCCCUACAUGUCAUACGACAUCUUCGCCAUGUACCUGAGCCAUUACUAUCGCUUCCGGGUCAAAGGUCACAAGGACUAUAAAAGCCACUCGCUGCAAACCAUCAACUCAUUCGUGAGGAAAGAGUUCCUGCUGGUCCUUCAUCAUAUUGCACUGCUCACCAUUCUGCUUCCAGUGACUCUGUUUCUCAGGAAGGACCAGGGGGAUUAUUUCAUUGGCUGUCUUUUCCUCACUGAGCUCAGCACUCCCUUUGUUUCACUGGGCAAAAUCCUUAUUCAGCUGGGCUUACAGGACUGCUGGCUGCACAAGGUUAAUGGCGGCGCAGUGCUUCUGAGCUUCUUCGUGUGUCGGAUCGCUCUCUUCCCGUUCAUGUACUGGAUGUACGGCUCCCACUACGGCAUCCCCCUCUACAUGGUUCCCUUCCACCUGCCGCUCUCCACCAACCUGGGCAACCUCUGCAUCCUGGCACCGCAGGUCUACUGGUUCGUCCUGCUUUGCUGUAAAGGCUACCGACUCUACAAGCGCGAACGCGAUGCAAAGAACCAGGUCUCACCGCUGUCCUCACCCGAGCCGAUCAACGAUACCUCCAAGGAAGAUUAAUCUAAACCACACCGAGAUGCGUCACGUCUGAGACAUUUUACGAUUUUCAUUCCUGUUACUGUUUCACUGCAGUCCGUACCUCUCAACUCAACUAUACACCAUUCCGCGUGCGCAUGGCUGUUACAGCGCUAGAAGUGUCUAAUGGGUCCGAUAUCGAGUUCCUUUUUGUGAUUGGAGGAUCUGUUACAGUCUUUAAAGGAUUACCUGUUACUUUUGUCAUUUAUCGAUAUGCUACCCUGUCUUAUGAGUGUCUGUAGUACCACAUAAUAUAUUAGCAUACAUUAUUUCGGCAUUUCAAGCUUCUACUUUGCUUUGAGCUCAAGCAUUUCCAUGACUGCAGUGCUGUUGUUUACAGCUCAUUGGAGUUCGGUGAAUGUGUCCACACACACACACACUGCCCUGCCGUGACUGUUUACACAUCUCUAACACGAUCCGCCCUUUACGUUCUGGAGGCUGCUAAUGAAUUCUGCUUCUCUUCUGUAGGCCUUCAUAGGUUCUUACGUCCUCCAUGUCACACGGGGGCAGUAGAGAGUCAGUUCCUCUGUUUACAAUCGUACACACAGGACUUGUCUCAUUUCGGGCGGGGGGCUUGGUAGGUCACACAAAGCACAUAACGCUUGGCAUGUCUUUUAGGACACCGUUAUACCUGGGGAAGUCUCCAGGUGGUAGUUAAAGCAAUAACACGGGGAGGGAUUGUGGGUAGUUCGAUAACUAUGAUAGAUAAGGAUAGAAAAGUUGCCUCGCUGCUUCUAAACAUGAUGUGUGUAUGUCUACGGGAUGAAAUACAGGGUUUCCAGGGUUAUUGGAAAACCAGGAGAAGUUUCUACAGAUCUCUAUAAACAGGUUUCUAUCAAAUCUGUAAAUCGUAGUUAUGCUCGGCUCAGCUCAGCUAGGUCUUUAUGAGUGCAAUCUUUAUAAAAGUCUUUAUGUAGUUAUCACGCACAACUGGAUAAAUCGUGAAAAAAUGUGAACACUGGUAAACUGUCAGGAAAAUGAUCCCUAGCUGUUACCUUUCAUUAUAAGAGUCAUAAUAUGUAUCCUUUAUGGACCGAUAUGCAUACAUUUGCUACCAAUAAAAGGUGUACUUUUUGCCCCGGUGACGGCUAGGGAGCAUUUUUUGACCAUUUUUUUUCUUCUUCUGAUAGUGUGAUAAUGUUAGUCGUCUUUAUCGAGGCAUUACUUGAAGGAAGCUUCAGUUUUAAUCUUUCUAUUAACUGAGCCUGCAGUUUGAGAUGAAUCAUUUUAUUUAAUUUUACUUUGAAGUGCAGUGUAAAUGGGCUAUCCGAGUGAUUUUUGUGCGCAGGAACUCAAAAACCUUCGUUUUGGGGGACAGGGCAUCUUUCAUAAUACAUUUAGUGGAUGCUGGACGCCAUAUAAAUGUAUCUCAGACGUUUUUAAGGACAUUCAAAAGUCAGAUUUAUACGUUGCUUGUUGCAUACCCAUGCACUCUUAUUUAGCGCGUUUCUAUAAGGUUGCCUUUAGCAAGUGUAUGUGAGAGAGGAAGAGGAUGACGUCUUAUAUAACAGUGUGUGUAUAAGGUUGUACAGGGAUUGAAAGAGAGAGAGAAUGCUUUACUGCUUUGCUUUUUCAAAGGUUUUGAUCUUUUCAAAAGUAACUAUGCACUCAUACAUGUGGCAACACCAUGCAUGCUUCUUUGGGUGGGAUGCAUUUUGGUGGAUACGUUGAUCAUAUUUGACCGAUAAUGCAUGUCUUGUUCAUGAUCUUUUUGUUUGGAGUGUCCUCAGUUCUCAGUAGUGGGUCUGUAUGCUGUACAAUUUAAACUAAGUUGGUUCAACUUAAAGGAAUAUCUCACCCAAAAAUGAAAAUAAUGUCAUUAAUGACUCACCCUCAUGUCGUUCCAAACUCGUAAUGGUGCAUUCACACCAGCCGCGGUAGAGGCGACAAAAACUCACUAUUUGGACGCUUAAAAAUUUGAGUUUACUUGCGUCAUUCGCGCAUGAAAUUCUAGUCAUUUGAGACAUUCAUGCGGAAAUUUGCGUCAUGGGAGGGGCUUCUGCGACUCCGCUCACUUCCUGUAAUCACAUCACUACUACAGCAAGGAUUGGUUAACGCGGCACGGAAAUCUGCCGAAGUUCAGAUUUUUCAACUUGCGCGUUUCCCGUUGCAACGCUCAAUUCACCCGGCGCCGCAGGAUGCCUAAUCGCGUCUUUGCAUUGACUUAACAUGUAAAUCACUCGCGUUUGCCGCCUCUACAGCGUCUGGCGUGAACCCUGCAUAAGACUUCCGUUCGGAACACAGUUUAAGAUGUUUUAUAUUUAGUCCGAGAACUUGUUGACCCUUCAAUUGAAAAUCUAUGUACGGUAUACUGUCCAUGUCUAGAAAGGUAAUAAAAACAUCAUUAAAGUAGUACAUGUGACAUCAGUGGGUCAGUUAGAAUGUGGUGAAGCGUCGAAAAUACAUUUUGGUCCAAAAAUAAAAAAAAAUACGACUUUAUUCAGCAUUGUCUUAUCUUCCGUGUCUGUUGUGAAGCACAUGCGCAAGACUAAAGUUACAUGACUGCAGUGACGCGAAUGAUGUUCGACGCGGCUGACGUGUUAUAUGGUGCGCCCAGCUGGUUUUUUUUUGAUGCGCCCAGGCUUCAUGUACAGAGGGACACGCACGCUCUAAGUUUGAAAGAAAAAUACUUUGCAAGCAUGUCUGAGGAUAACACGUCAUCCGCGUCGCUGCAGUCACGUGACUUUAGUCUCACGCAUGCGCUUCACAAAAGACGCAGAAGAGAAGACAAUGCUGAAUAAAGUCGUAAUAUUUGGACCAAAAUGUAUUUUCGAUGCUUCAACACAUUCUUACUGACCCACUGAUGUCACAUGGACUACUUAGAUGAUGUUUUAUUACCUUUCUGGACAUGGACAGUAUACCGUACAUAGAUUUUCAAUGAAGGGUCAACAAGCUCUCGGUCUAAAUAUAAAACAUCAUAAACUGUUCUCCGAAGAUGAACGGAGGUCUGACGAGUUUGGAACGACAUGCGCGUCAUUAAUAACAUUAUUUUCAAUUUUGGGUGAACUAUUCCUUUAAAGCUGCCUGGUUGCCUUAAAAUGUUGAGUUAAUUCAACUAAAAAAAAAUGUUUUAUGUUGAAAUAGCUCAACAUUUCAAGGUAAUUUACUUUUUGAACCAACUGUUUUGUGUUUGGCUGCUCUGUGCUUUAAAGCGUGCCGAGUUCAUUUAUUCUUUUUUUUUUUUUCGUGUCUCGCAUAGGUCAAAGUGAUUUUGUUUGCAUUUUAUUUGUGUAGCAUAAGACAAACUCAUUAAAUACUAUUUAUUAGACUAUAUAAUGUAUUAAUGGGCUCAUACGUUGGUCGUUAGUUCUAUUUAAGGCAUUAUUAACCUUUAAAUCACACUGAUAAUCGUAUUAUAAUACAUGAAGCCUCCUCUCUCAGCUCAGGGUUUGAUGAAAAUAUUCGGGCAUGAAACGUGAGACUAUCAACACGAAAAUGACACCGUAAUGACACGAUAAAUGCUUCUGCUGGUGGUUUUGGUUUUCUUUGAAAGCUUUCCAACAUGGCUUGAGAUUUGACAACCUCUGACUUUAGUAGACCAAAGAACAGCAGGCACUUUAAUCAGCAUUCACUCAUUCACCAAAUCUUUAUAAACUCGUGCUUAUGGCUCAGGCAAUUAUUUAGUCACCUGGAGUCUCCUUAUUUUUAUUUUAUUUUUUUUGAGUAUUUGAAUAUUUUAGUAUCUUUAAUUUUGUCUUUGUAAUUAUGUGAAAACAUAUCAAGGUCAUUUCAACCCAAUAUCAAACUAACAAAGACAUUUUUAAGAACAAAAUAUUUUAAGAACAACAUAUUUUGCAUUGUUACAUUAUUUUUUUGACAUUACCCCCCCCACACACACACAAUUCUCCUAACCCUAAUGUAUAUAGAUGCGUAGGUAUGAAUUAUAAAUUAGGAUUUUUGCAUUAUUUGCAAUAGUAAAUCACGUUACUGUGAUAGAUGCAUAAUAUGUGCAUUGAUAUCUGUAGCUUUAUUUUCUAACAAUAUCUGUUUUUUAUUUUGAGAUGAGGUUAACAUGUUAUUGAAGAUGGCUUAAUCUUUUUGUUCCGAAAUAAACAACAUGAUAUGAAAAAAAAAUGUUUUUUUGGAGGGUUGCUAUCAGCUGCUUUGACUUGCAGCUUAUCAAACCACGCUGGACUCUUUCUGGAUGUUUGGCCAGUUUGCGUGUAGUUUCUUCUUAAUGGAUGUAAGAGAAAAACGACGGGAGGUGAAUAUAGAUAACUCAAUUUGGGAAGGUCUAGGGAUGGAAAAUCAAGCUUUUAAAAACAUUCAGGUUUUGUUUUUCCGCCUCAACAUUGUGUCGUCUGGAAUAGCGUAAAUACAGUGCCUUGUAUUAAAGUUAUGCGCUCAGUGAAAAUGAGCCGUGAGCAGGUGUUUAGGUGGUUACUGCCUCUGCUAGAUUUUUGUUUUAAUUCAAAGGAGACAUCUUUGUUAUCAGGCAUAGUGUUAAAAUACAAGUUUGAUUUUAAUAUAUAAAUACAUUGUUACAACUAAUUUUGUCCUUCAAAAAUGCUUCUAAGUCUUAAAAUAUUUUUUAUAAUUGAUGUUCUGUAUGCUUGCUGUGUGUGUUAUCAUUAUAUUUGCAUAUUUAAAAACUCAUUUAAAUGUAAUGUGAAGAUCAAGGUUGUUACCCAGUUUUCAUCUAUUCACAAUCAGAUCUGCUUUUGUUAAGUUUUUAUUAACAGACCAGAAAUGCUUACAAAAUUGACGCAUCUUCAAAUGAAUUCCUUGGUUCAAUCUCAGUUGAGUUAAAUAUGAAAUAACUCUUGUAUAGAGGCCAGUGGAAAAAAGGAAACCCUUCGGAGAACUGGGAUGUAGGCUGAAAGCAUGUUUGCAUUAUUUGUUUCCUGGUGAGGACAACCCUCUUCCUCUCCAUGUCAGCUUGACCUCAAAGCAUGGUGUCAUACACUGAUUUUCUAAUGCACAACCUUCAGCUGAGUUUUCAUAGAAAUCUAGGUUUUUGUUUGUUUGUAGGAUAAAACAAAUCUUUUAGAAAAAGGGUUUGGAGUGAAACUAACCAAUAUAAAUACUUGAUUCAUCUUAUUUUCAUGAAGCUUGUAAAUCCAGACACUACUUUGGAGAUAAUAAAUCUGAUUUGAUGAAUUUU